AUGUCGGAUAAUCUUGAUACAGAAAUAGCGCCACGGGAAGACAAACUCAAAUUCAGCGAGAAGUUUUGUUUUGGUCUUGGUGAUUUCGCAGCCAAUAUUAUGAUGGCUGCAAUUUCGUUUUAUUUCAUUUACUUUUUAAUUAACGUCGCAGGUGUCACUGCAUAUAAUGCUUCAGCUAUUAACAUUGUCGGUCGUGUAUGGGAUGCAAUUACUUCAUACGUAAUGGGUGGAAUUAGUGAUAGAUGUAAUUCAAGAUUUGGAAAACGUCGUGUAUUUAUCAUCUUUGGUGCAUUAACAUUUGGAGUAAGCUUUAUCUUCUUAUGGCUAUCACCAGGAAUAGAAAAAAGUCAAACAACUAAAGUAGUUUAUUACAUUUUUAUUUAUAUGAUCUAUACAACAUGUUGGGCGAUUGUUUAUACACCAUACAACACAUUGCCAGCUAAUAUGACAAAGAAUUACGAUGAAAGAACAUCAUUAAAUGGUUACAGAAUUACGAUGGCGAAUAUCGGAAUUAUUUUAGGUGCUGCAUUGUUCGCAAUCUUAGCCGAUGGUGAAGAAAGUGCAUUGUAUCCUCGUCUACAUUCCGUUCCUAAAGCGUAUGGUAUCAGUGGACUGAUCUUUGGCCUUGCAAGUUCGAUUUUUAUGUUUUUAUCAGGACUUUUUGUCAAAGAAAGAUGCGCUGAGAACAAUAAGUCAACGAAAUCUGUAUUUCAAACACUCAAAGAAUUGUUUACUAUCAAGGAAUUCGUCAAUUCUACUUGCUGGUAUAUUCUUUCGAUGGUUGGAUUCGAUAUUAUUAUGUUGGUCUUUAUGUUCUACGUUAAUGAUGCAUUAAAAUUCGGUGGUGGUACAAUGGCAAUGAUUUUUGUCGCUAUUCCGUUGAUUAGUGCUAUUGUUUCUGCUGCAUUUUGGGUAUGGCUAUCUGAAAAGUUGUCUAAAUCAACAACCUUCAUCAUAUCUGCCGUAUACAUGUUUGUUGUAUUAUUCUUUGCUAUAUUCUUACCAGAGAAAACUGUUUGGUCGAUUGUAUUAUUGACAAUUUUUGCUGGAUUAGGUCUAAGUGCAAUUCAAAUUCUCCCUUACGCAGCUCUCCCUGAUGUAGUUGAGAUCGACGAAUACAAGUUUGGUGAAAGAAGAGAGGGUAUAUACUAUGGUAUAAUUUUGUUUAUGUAUAAGGUUUGUAGCGGCGUGACGAUUUCUAUCGUUUCCGCAGUUCUUGGUGCUUUUGGUUAUAAGGAAAGCAAUAACGGCCAACAAGUGGAACAAACGAAGAAAGCUUUGAUGGCUGUUAGAAUUGUUAUGGGUUUGGUUCCUGGCGUUUUUUAUUUAUUCGCAAUUAUUCCUUCAUUGCGCGGAAGAAUUUCAAGAGAAGAAUUUGCAAAGAUCAAACAACAACUAGAAGAAAAGCAUGCUAAUCAGAAUGCUCUUCAUGAAUCAAGUUCUAACUCUGAAAAUUCAAAUGGCGAUAAGGCAGAGAAUAACAAUACAACUCCUUAA